AUGGACUGCCAUGAAAUCUGCAAAGCAGCUUUAAACGGGCACUAUGAGCACGAAUUUUUUAGAUCAGGCGGGGAAAAUGCGUUCAGCCUGAAGAACAAGAGCACAAUCGCUCGACUCCGUGCAGCCAUUCAGUACUGCAACAGCCAAUUUUCAGAAGAUAUCUGGACGAGAGGACACAAGUAUCAAAUUCCUGCAGUCGUGCACGCCGACCUGGUUUCGGACAGCAGCGUAGAAGGCGAGAUAUCUACACAAGCCAAGAUUGCUACGCCAGGACCAAAAAGGCUUUCGAAAACCAAGGUAACGGAAUGGGUGAAACGACUAAUACAACGCUCGCGAGGAACUGAGUUGUUCGGGAGCUUCAAUCCAAAUGUGAUCGCUGAGCUUUUUUGGGAGCAAUCUCAACCAUGGGCCAAGUUCGCCGAGUCCCACAUCGACCUCGUUAGCUACAUUUGCGAGCAGUUUUAUGAUGUUCUCCUCAAGAAGAGGGGAGCUAAGGAUGUUGCUUCUCGAAUAUGGUCUUUCAAGGUCAGGCAGCGUCUUGAAGAGCGCAAAGUGAAAGCCCGAGAGGAGUUGAGGAUGUUGAUCGAGGACUUGAAAGGCUUUCCUAUCAACUACAACCACUACUAUACGGACAACCUCCACAGGACCGGUGAAGAUAAGCUACGAACGUGGCUUAAUGCUAUCAAUCCUGCUCUAUUUGAACAUCGCUCCAGCAUGAACUGCAGCCGAGGCGCACAUUAUGACAAAUUCGAUUUAGAAUUAGUCAUUGGGACGUUAUUCAAAGCCACCAGCGAGUCUAGUGUCGAUAUGGAGAAGUUUAGCUGCGAGGAGGCCCUGGACUGUCUGCACGCGAUUUACAAGGUCCAGCUGAAGGUUUUUGUUGCCAACGUCACUAAUCAGGUGAUCGAGCGCCACAUGCUUCGCGAUCUUGAACACGUUUUCUCCCCCUUAGUCGUGGCAACUAUGAACGACACCGAAGUCAAGUCCGUUGCCCUCGAGAGUUCUGCAAUACAUCACCAGCGCAAAUUUUUGUUAGACCGCAUAUCAAAGCUUGAGGAGAGCCGUGUCAUCUUUCGAAAUGCGGUGGGAAUGUUGUAGAUUAACUUAUCUCAGGUUAGAAACGCUAUUCUUAUUUUCCUCUGCCGCAAAUGGGAAGCUUGGUUGGAUUGUGAGAUAGUCCGAGCUUUGAAUUGGAGAUACAGAUG